UAUGCACAUAUGAUUGUUGAACUUGAAAACUGGUAAUUUUAGGAAACUUAAUUUUACUGACCUUUAUGUACAAUAAUGACAAGAGAUAAAAGUAUGGUAUCAAUCAUAUCAUGUAAUUAAAUUUUGUUGAAAAAAAUCGUCGACAUUUACUGGCCACUUUUUCGAAACGCCAUAGCUUGAUGAAAAGCAGUGAAAUUAUAUUUUGUAUAUCUUUAAAUAUAAUUGUAAAGUAUACAUUUAAUAACUAAAACCUAAAACAAACAUGCCCUCAUAUAUCUGUUUUAUCUAAGGAUGUUAUGGAAUAGACAACAAAAGUAAAAUAUCAUUUCAGUUCGAAAAAAUAACUCUUAUUUUGUAUAAUUUAAUACAUAUUGGUAUACGUAAUGUUGAUGACAGAAGAUAAAUAAUAAAAACAAAAUAAUAUUUGACUAUUUAUCGUAAUAUGAUUCCUUGUAAUAAAGGAAGUGUCGGCCUCGUAUGUACACUUUGUGUGCAAAGUGUCUGCAAUGGUGCAUCGGUUUGAUAAUGGUAAAAAUAAUGUUUACCUGAAUGAUAUAAUUGUGCACACAUGUAUAACUAUAAUACAGUGAAUAGAAUGGGAAAGCAAAACGGAUCUUGUUGGUGGUUUGUAAAAGCCGCAAAAUGGAUACCAGUUAUUUUUAUUUUGACGAUUGUCUUAUGGUCGUAUUAUGCUUAUGUGGUGCAGUUAUGUUUUUAUACUGUAGAUAAUUAUGUUCAAAAAGCUUUUUAUUUGUUUUUUUACCACAUCCUGUUUCUAUUAUUUUUAUGGUCUUAUUGGCAAACUGUAUUUACGGACCUAAUAGAAAUACCAUACAAGUUUAAAAUACCAGAUGCGGAAAUGGAAAAAUUUCAUCAAGCUGGAACGGAAGAAGCACAGAGGCAAAUCUUAGAGAGAUUUGCACAAGGUCUUCCAGUUACAAAUCGCACUAUAAAAGGAGUCAUACGUUUCUGUGAGAAAUGUCAAUUAAUCAAGCCAGAUCGAGCACACCAUUGUAGUGUAUGUAGUACAUGUGUUUUAAAAAUGGAUCAUCACUGUCCAUGGGUGAACAAUUGUGUAGGUUUCCACAAUUAUAAAUUUUUCAUGUUGUUCCUGGCAUAUGCCCUUCUUUAUUGCAUAUUCAUUACUGCUACAUCUUUACAAUAUCUUAUACGUUUUUGGAAAGGGGAAUUGGAUGGAAUGGGUAGAUUCCAUCUAUUGUUCUUAUUCUUUGUCGCAUUGAUGUUUGCAGUUAGUUUAACUUCCCUUUUCUUUUAUCAUUGCUACCUUGUUUUACAUAAUAGAUCUACAUUAGAGGCAUUUACACCACCUAUGUUCCGCACAGGGAAGGAUAAGGAUGGUUUUAGUCUUGGAAAAUACAAUAACUUCCAAGAAGUUUUUGGUGAUAAUCGUAAACUAUGGUUCCUUCCUAUUUUUACUAGUCUUGGAAAUGGUGUCGCCUAUCCAGUACGUGCGCAACAUCAAGGCACAUCCAAUACUUAUGACUCCAUGGGCAGUACCCGAAACAGUUUUGGCGAUGGGGUAAACUUUCCUGAACGGCUGUGCAAUGAAGACACACAUACUCUGUUGGGACAUACUACCCAACAGUGGGGUGAUGAGACUGAACUUGACUCUCCACCUCCCUAUGGGUCACAAUCAGGUAUUGUGUAGUCUGGAAUCCCUAUUUUGAGGCAGCGCAUUAAUUUAUAUGCAUUAUCCAAGUAUAUGAUACUUUUAGUACAAAACUCAUAUUAGCCACAAGAGUUCUGCAAUCAUCUAAGUAAUAGUACAUACUAAUGUCAGCUUACAUAUUUAAUCUUUUUUUUUAUCACAAAUAAGUUACUAUCAUUGCCUCAUAGAAGGAAAGAUAUAACAUUUAUUCUGAAAUAUUUUAAAUAUAAAAUAUAGGGAUUAACUCUAGAAAAUUGUCGUAUUACAUUCUUUUUAUUUUUAUCAAUAAAAAUAAAAUAAACAGUACUAUAAAGAUAAAUUGGCUUAAAAAAUUAUAAAAAUUAUGAAAACUUACAGUUUAACUCUUCUUCUCUUACCAAAAUCAAACCAUUAUAGUAUCAACUAAUAAAGAGUUUAUAUGAGCUCAUAUUUUAUGUAUGUACAUUAUAUAUUGUGUAAUUUUUUCUAAAGGAAAGUUAGAUAAUAAUUUAAUUUAGUAGUCAAUAUGACUACAUACUUAAAAAAUAAGGAAGUGUGUAGUAAAUAUGUAAUAUAUACAUUUUUUAUAAUAAUUAAUGUAAACAUAAUAAGUAAAACAAAGAGGUAUGCCUAAAAAAGUAUAUAAAGGUAUGAAUUAUAUAUUAAUUCGUUAUUUACGAAUUUAUUAAUUUGUAGGAUAUGUGUAAAAUACUAUUUAUGAGAUAAAUAUGUAGAUAAACUUUAAUGUCCAUUACUGAUUUAAAAAUGCUGUAAUAAAAAGGAGAUAAAUAAAUUGAUAAAGUUGAAACAUUCAACGUAUUUAUACAUAAAAGAUUUUAUAUUUAA